GUUUGACUACGCCGUAGCGAGAAGAAGCGUGAGAUAAUAUGUCGGCUUUUGAUGACAGUGAGCCAGUGGACAGUAUGUAUGACACAGAGGCCGACCUCCCGGGCUUAGCAGGCGGAGGUGGUGCCGACAGCCCAGAAGACGACGCAGAAGACGGCGUCAUCAACAUGUCCCCCCUGCCCUCACCAACUCCUUCCCAUCCAAACAACAACCACCACCACCUGCUACACCCCCACAUCUACGCCACCCACCACCACCAUCACCACCACCUUCACAACAGCAGCAACAGCAGCAGCAAUGACCAGGACUUCACCACACCCAAGGAGGGCUCGCCAUACGAGGCACCUGUCUACAUUCCUGACGACAUUCCCAUCCCCAGCGAACUGGAGCUGCGGGAGUCCUCUGUGCCCGGUGCUGGCCUGGGUGUUUGGGCCAAGACCCGAAUUGGUGCCGGCGAGAGGUUUGGUCUGCACAGCACGCUGCAUCAUGAGGCCACGGGCAAAGAUGGCUCCUUCGGAUGGGAGCAGAUGAUGAAUGACCAUGACGAAGCCUCCCCUGACAGCUGCAUCAAAAAGGUGGUGGACGACAUGGGCAAUGUGAAGUUUGCACUGGACACAGGCCCAGACGCCAACAGUAACAGCUGGCUCAAAUAUGUCCGCUCUGCCCCGUCAUUUGAGGAGCAGAACCUCGCCGCCUGUCACCUCACCGGAGACCAGCCGCCUGUUUCUCGCUGUCUUUGUCUCCUUUCUCUGUCCUCAUGUCUUGAUCUGCCACCUGUCACUCUGUCACACCAAGGGGACAGGCUAGUGUGUCCAUUUAAGCUUCAGACAUUAAGCCUGACCGAUAGAGAGAAAGGGGGCUUGGACCAAGUGAGAGAGGGAACACACAGGGGCCUCCGAGAUUGA